UGGAAUGAUCAAAUACUUGUAUUUCUUCCACGACUCAAGUCUGGUUCAGAGGCUCCUGAUAGCUAAUACAUUUCCGCAUUCAAACAUCUCGACAGUUCACAAAACACCAUAUUCUAUUCCCUUGUAACCCCGCAUGAUGACGUAAAAACAAGAUAGCGACUUACUUGUGGCGCGGUUGAUUUUCCUACCGGUAGUCGCAAGACCGCAUCUUUUUCGUUCUAGCCCGGGACAUUCAUGAUUCCAUUGAAUUCCUGCAUGUACUCGACUUAGCUUAGCAAAGGACAUACUCACCCUGCAAAAGGCCGUCUCCGCUUUGUCCCGCUCCGGAUAUACUCCGCUCAUCACCCGUAUAAAACCGUCGCGUCUAUGCGUUUCCAAGGACUCCAAGCAGCUCUUCGGACGUUUGCUACCGCUGCCAGAUCUGUGUCACCGAUUAGAGGACGGCGGAUCGUUUUCAGCACGCUCUCGUCUCUUGGUCGGAUUCCACUGCCACUGUCCGGGGCUACUGUCCUGAAGGCGGCACCUGCGAUUCCAUUUUUAAGCUCCCUCUUCAGCUCGAGCGCUAAAGCAGAAGAUCCAAGUAACGGUGGAGAGAUGUCUCAUCCAGUUCAGAAGAGCGAGGAGGAGUGGAGAGCGGUGCUGAGUCCAGAGCAAUUCCGUAUCCUCCGCCAAAAAGGCACAGAGCCAUCGUUCACUGGUGAAUACGACUCGCAUUACCCUUCGAAAGGUGUCUACACCUGUGCCGGCUGCGAAGCUCCCCUUUACAAGGCCUCUCACAAGUUCAAAUCUGGCUGCGGCUGGCCCGCUUUCUUUGAUGCCAUUCCAGGGGCCAUCGAUCGCCACACCGACAGCUCCUUUGGUAUGGAACGCACAGAGAUCGUUUGCAGCAACUGUGGAGGACACCUGGGACAUGUCUUUAAGGGAGAGGGUUACGACACACCCACUGACGAGAGACACUGUGUCAAUAGUAUCAGUUUGAAGUUUGCGGACGAUGAUAAGGCCGUGCAGGAGGCAGACCAGGUCAAGGCCAAGGCUUAAGAGGCUCAACGGGAAGACCGGGAGCUUGUAACAGUGGGAUUGAUUUAUUCUGGGCGAAGCUUUCGUUGCCAAGGGGAGUAGGUGUAUGUACUUGGGGUCAGGAGGUGAAAACUUUCGGAGUAGUGGCGAAGAAUGGUCGUGGGGAAAUGUAUGAUUCGAAUGUGGUCAGAUCUGAUGAUGAAGACCUAAUAUACCGAGGGGUUUCGAUUGUAUAGGAGCAUACUAGGAACGGAAAAGCGUCUAGUUACUAUACACCCUCCGAUAUGAUGAUCCUUCAAGCUUCUUCUCUAUCCCGAGAAUCGAUGAUAAGCGAAUCGAUGAUAAGCACGUAUGGAAACUCCCAUGUAUAUCAAACUAUGGCCUUGAUGUGGCGGAUGUUGUAUGAGCGCAGUGUA